GCUCCUCGAGAGCCCCCCCACCCCGCCCACGGCUCGGCCGCCUGCUCCGCAAUGGGAGCCGCCGCCGUCGCCGCCGUGUAGUUUUUCGUGCUCCUCCUUUUCCUCCUCCUCUUUCUCCUCCUCCUCAGGGCCCCAGUCAGGCCGAUCCGCUCCGCUCACGGGUUUAAGAUUAUCUGACUUUCAACUAUACAGGAUUGCUGACUGCUGAUAGAAAGGUCCUCAUGGAACAAAAUGCACCAUGGAAGUGGCUUUGUUAAAUUCCAUGAGGAAAAAUAAAUAAUAUAUCUCCCAACUGUAUUGAAUAGAAAAAGGAAGGAAAAGAGAUAUAACUUGCUGCCUUGUGUGGAGUCACAUGAUGAUCAAAAUUAGAUCCAAGAAUUUCUAAACCCCAGGUUUCACGUUUCAAUAUUUGGCUUUACUUAAAGUGACUCAUAAAAUUGACUGAUAUCUUGUGUCAGUACUUAAAUGACAAUUUACAGAAAGUCAGCUCUUCAACUUGAUUGGCGACAACCCUUUUCAGCCAAAAAAUAAAUCAAAAAUGGCAGAACUCUUUAUGGAAUGUGAAGAAGAAGAGUUGGAACCAUGGCAGAAGAAAGUAAAAGAGGUUGAUGAUGAUGAUGAUGAUGAGCCGAUCUUUGUUGGAGAGAUAUCAAGUUCAAAACCAGCAAUUUCAAAUAUUUUGAAUAGAGUAAACCCCAGCUCAUAUUCGAGGGGAAUAAAGAAUGGUGCGCUCAGCCGAGGUAUUACUGCUGCAUUCAAGCCUACAAGUCAACACUACACGAACCCAACAUCAAAUCCAGUGCCUGCCUCGCCAGUAAAUUUUCAUCCUGAAUCUAGAUCUUCAGAUAGUUCUGUUAUUGUUCAGCCUUUGUCUAAACCUGGUUAUGUAACGAAGUCAUCACGAGUUGUUUCUAAUAAUUCUUCAGAGUUACUGUUUGACUUGACCCAGGAUACAGGAUUACCACUUUACCAAGGAGGACCAACACUUUCUAUAGCAGGUAUGAAUGAAAGUUCAUUUUUAUCAAAACGUCCUUCUACUUCUGAAGUAAACAGUGUUAAUCCAAAAAAGUCUAAACCCAGUGAAGGUGUUUCUGGAACAAAUUCCUCAGCUGUAUUUUCUUCAGUUAAAUCUCUUUCAGUGACAUCUCCCCAGGCUGUGCCGUCAAAAGGUACAAAUAUCUCAUCAAAUCAAUCUAAAAAUGGAACACCUUUUCCAAGAGCUUGUCCAAAGUGCAAUAUUCAUUUCAAUCUUUUGGAUCCUUUGAAAAAUCACAUGAAGUACUGUUGUCCAGACAUGGUAAAUAACUUUUUGGGACUGGCUAAAACAGAAUUUUCAAGUACAGCAAAUAAAAGUAAGACUGUUGAUUCAGAAAAAGGAAAACUGAUCAUGUUAGUUAAUGACUUUUAUUAUGGAAAACAUGAAGGAGAUGUCCAGGAAGAACAGAAGACUUACACAACCUUUAAGUGCUUCAGUUGCUUGAAAAUUCUUAAAAAUAAUAUUAGGUUUAUGAACCACAUGAAACAUCAUUUGGAACUUGAGAAGCAGAGCAGUGAAAGCUGGGAAAACCACACCACCUGCCAGCACUGCUACCGUCAGUUUCCCACACCAUUUCAACUGCAGUGUCACAUUGAAAGUACACACACACCCCAUGAAUUUUCUACCAUUUGCAAAAUAUGUGAAUUAUCAUUUGAAACAGAGCAUAUUCUUUUACAACAUAUGAAGGACAAUCAUAAACCUGGUGAAAUGCCAUAUAUUUGCCAGGUUUGCAAUUAUAGAUCAUCAUCAUUUUCUGAUGUAGAAACUCAUUUUAGAACAUCCCAUGAAAACACUAAGAACUUGCUAUGUCCAUUUUGCCUCAAAGUUAUUAAAAUUGCAACACCCUAUAUGCAUCAUUACAUGAAGCAUCAGAAAAAAGGAAUACAUCGUUGUACAAAAUGCAGACUACAGUUUUUAACAUGCAAAGAGAAAAUGGAUCACAAGACUCAGCAUCAUCGGACAUUUAUAAAACCUAAACAGCUAGAAGGAUUGCCUCCAGGAACAAAAGUUACUAUUCGAGCUUCAGUUGGCCCUCUUCAAUCAGGAUCUUCAACUACACCUACCAUUAGUGCAAGCACUUCUACCCUUCAGCUCUCACCUCCAAGGACUAAAAAUAUAACUGCUAAAAAUCCCACAAAAUCUAACACAAGUAAACCUAAUAUAACUAAAUCCAUUGCAAGUAAACCUAAUGCAAGUAAGCCUAAUGGAAGUAAAUCUAAAUACAAAUCAAAAAUAUCUAAUAUGCAAAAGAAACAAAGCACAUUGGCUAGUAGCAAUAAAAAAAGUAAAGUCAAUACAGCGUUGAGGAAUUUAAGGUAUCGUCGGGGAGUUCACAAGUGCAUUGAGUGUUGUUCUGAAAUAAAAGAUUUUGCAAACCAUUUUCCUACAUAUGUCCACUGUAGUUUUUGCAGAUACAACACUAGCUGUAGCAAAGCCUACGUGAAUCAUAUGAUGAGCUUUCAUAGUAAUCGUCCAAGUAAAAGGUUUUGUAUCUUUAAGAAGUAUUCAGAAGAUCUCAGGGGCAUUACUCUAGUGUGCCUUAAUUGUGAUUUCCUAACUGAUGUUUCUGGCUUAGAUAAUAUGGCUACACACUUAAGUCAACAUGAAACUCAUGCUUGUCAAGUUGUAAUAGAGAAAGUUUCUGUUUGUAUCCCAACUUCUGAACAUCUUUCUGAAUUAAAAAAUGAAGCUCCCACUAAGGAACAAGAACCUGUGUCUGAGGAAAUUGCAAGACCUAAUAUGGCUGAAGGAGAAACAGAAACAUCAAAUUCUGAAAGUAAACAAGAUGAAGCUUCUUCAGAGGAAAUAAAAAAUGGAUGUGAUGUGCAUUUAUUUGAAGGCUCAUCAACAACAAAAAGUGAAGAAGGUGUAUCAGGUUCAGAUAAAGAAAAUGAUACCUGUCUUGAAGACCAGGAAACUGGCUCAAAGAAUAUCUUCAGUUAUGAUUCAAUUAUUGAUGCAGAUAAGGUGGAAAAGGAAAAACAAAUAGAGCACAUUUGUCAGGAAACAGAGUUGAAGAGGUGCCAAAGUUCAGAAAACCUCAUUGCAUGUGAUCAGACUGAAGAUUGCAAUGCCAGUGAAGCUGGAUUUUCUUCGAAGAAUAUUAAGGAUUUGCAGUUAACAUCUGGUGAUGUUAGCAUUGAUCAGUUUUUGAGAAAAAGAGAUGAACCUGAAUCUGUUAGUUCUGAUGUUAGUGAGCAAGGCAGUAUUCAUUUGGAACCUUUGACUCCAUCAGAAGUGCUUGAGUUUGAAGCCACAGAGAUUCUUCAGAAAGGUAGUGGUGAUCCUUCAGCCAAGACUGAUGAAGUAGUGUCUGAUCAAACAGAUGACGUUCCCGGAGAAAAUAGCCUUAGCACAACAGAGACAACAGGAGACCUGGCAGAUGAAAAAGAAAGAAGUUGAAAUUAAUUAGGCAUUCUAAGUUUUAGUGUACCAACGAUAAGAGCAUUUGGAACAGUGCUAUCAGAAAGCUGCUUGAGUCGGAUUACCUUUGGUGCCUCUAGAAAUUGUAUAUUGCUCGAGGAAAUUUCAUGUUAAAGUUAGUGGUAGAUUUUAUUCCGUAUUCUUCAAUUGAUGCAUGAUUUAUUUUAAAUUGAGACAAAGUACAGGGGGAUGAACUGCUAAUAUUUACAGAGAAUUGAUUUGCUUUAUAAAUUCUUCUACUUCAAGAGAAUUAUAAUUUAAUAUUAUAGUUUUCUAUCUGCUCAGUAAAUUAAAGAGGCUAAAUAGGCAAAAUAUUUUAUUGACUUAUUUUCUUGAAUAUUUUUGAGGGUGGGGGCAAAUAUUUUUAUCUUUCCUGCUCCCAAGAAAAGAUGGGAUAGAGGGACUUAUUAACUGUCAUCCUUCACCUUGUUGAAACAUAAAUCUAUAGCAGAGAAGACUUUUGGAGUAAGGGGAAGAAAAAAUCUGUGUAAGGACCAUUUUCUGAAUCUCAUUCAAUUAGUUGCCAAGGCUGUCACCUAAUGCUUCAAAAACCUAGAACACUGUACCAAAAUAAGUCUCUAAGUAACACUGUAGUCCCUUGUGAGCUUUGAGUAGUUCCUUCUCCUGCCCCUAUAUACUUAAAGUAGUGGUAUUGAAAGUACCUGAUCAAUGAAUAGUUUAUACCUAUCCACUGUGAGAAAAGGAACUUGUACCAGACUAUAAAUCCUUCAUUGAGAAAGUCUAGCAAUGAAAACAAAAAAAUAGUUGAAAUAAACAUUGUACUUGGUAACAUAGUUGGUUUCUGUUUUCACAUAAUCUCCGUAUCUCAUUUCUGAUCAGGAACAAACAAUUCAGGUAUGCAAACCAAACCUUUGAGUAGCAGUGCUUUAGCACAGUGGUCAGCAAACUUUUUCUCUGUAGAGCCAGAUAGUGAAUAAUUGUGGACUGUGUGGUCACAAUUAUCCAACUCUUCCUUAUAGCUUAAGAGCACCUAUAGACAAUAUGUAAAUGGUAGCCUGUUUGUGUUCCAAUAAAACUUUAUUUACAAAAACAGAAUGUUGGUUGGAUAUGGCCAGUGGGCUGUAGUUUGCCACCACCUGCUUUAGAGUGCUGUUUUAUCUGGGCAAAUUGUGCUCAGGGACUGAGAUUUUCUUUGCCAAUAGCUUAUUUAACACCAGUUCACUGUGAGAAUUAUAAUUUAUAAAAAUAAUAUUUCGCAAGCCGAUACCAUACAGGAUAAUGUCUGUUAAUAAGCUAAUAAAGAAAUAACAUACUCCAAACUAAUAAUAGAUUGAUUACACUGUUGUUCCAGGCAAAAAGGAGAUGAAAGAAAGUCCAAAUUUAGUUGAGGUGUACCUUUCCAGGAAUUGGUUGUCUGUAGAGUCAGUCCUUCCAACUAAAAGCUGGGUAUCAGCUGCCAGCGUAGGUCUCUUGCUGCUGGGGCACGUAGCUAGGGGGUGACAGUACCGGUGUCGGUAAGCAAGCUGGGCUGUUCCAAAUGUUAUGACUCCAGGGACCAUUACAUGACUUACACCACUGCCUACCAGGAGUAGCCUUGCCAAGGCAGGAACAGAUGUCCCUUCUCUUCCUGAGACUGCUGCACAGUUUAACACUGCUGAGGACCAAGAGUGGCCUGGCCAUGGCAGGAGCAAGUGUCUCAAGAUCUUCACAGAGCUAUGUAAGUCAGCAAAGAGUAGCCUUGCCCAGACUAAACACUCUCGGUAAGUCCUCAUAAAUUCUCGGUAUUUAAAGUUUAAGUGUCCAUCACUCGAUAGCUGCUCUUCCAUAUGUUCGUAUUGAUUAUCCUCCCCAGCGGCACCCCUUAAUGGCUGAGCUGCUGAAUGCUUAUCAACAACAGCAGAUGUUGAUGACAUCAUCCUGGCACAGCUUCCUUAGUGUAAACAAAUUUACCUGUAGAUCAAAACAACUUCACUUAAGUCAUAAACAAGUGGAUUUGAAAUCAUAACAAACCAAUACACAACAAGCACUUAGACUUUCUUGAUUGACUCUGAAAGCCAGUGAUGCACUCAAGUGACUCUUUGCCUAAGAACUAACUACCAAGGUGCCUUACUGUAUUAUAGUCUCCUGUUACCUAACAACAGAAUUAUGAUUGAUUACAUGUGCAGUUCAGUGACGUUAAGAAACAUUCAUUUUGUGGAUGCACUUUUAACUUACGUUGAAAAUCUGAAUGCCAUAUUUAUUUAUGUUAUUUUUUCCCCUUUGUAUCUCUCCAAUGUUUUAGGAAGGAAAUUGUAAUUUUUUUCACCCUAUAAAUUUUUAAAGAACUAUUCUAAACAUUUUUUUAAAGGAACUGACAAGAUAUGAGUCACCUUGUUUCAGCUAUAAGUAAAAAGAUAUCUGGGCAAUUACUUGUCUAAGGUUACAAAGCCAAGAUUUGAACGUAAUUUGAUCUGAUUCUGAAGUUAGUGUUUUCUACCACAUCUAUAGUUCCUAGCAUUUAUACUGAAUGUCCCUUUUAAAAAUAUAUCAGUUUUUGCAAAUAACCCUUCCAUUGAUGGUACUAAUUACAGUUUUAUUUAUUAUUCCUACAGUGAUUAUAUGCAUAUGGAAUGGAGGACCUCUUAACCUAAAGAAGAGGACCUACUGAUCUCUUUUACUAAUAGGAAUUGAGGAAUUUUACCUCAAGAGGAGGGGUUAGUGAAUAGUCUAUUAACAGGAAAGACAGCAUGUGAUUUAAAGAUACACUUUAUAUAAUAAUUAUAAAUGUUUUGACAUCAUUACAUUUUUUUAGGCUUCUGUAAUGUCAUUUUAAAAUUAUGGUUGACAUGAUCAUUUUUGUUCCAUCAAACUUGUUACUCCAGGAUCACUCACUUGUACUGACUUCAGUGAAUUAGGACUUUUGUAUGUAUACAGGCACUAAAAAGAAUUGCAAGUGUUUCAUUUUUACUAGAUUGCUAUAACACUACGACUUGUUUUUUCAGCUAAAAAAUAAAACACAAUUUACCUAUGUCUAAGCAUUAAAAGAGAAAUGAUUAUUUUAAAAAUAUUGUUUACUAAUGAGGCAUAUCUGCCAAUCCAUGUACACAAAAUGAAUAGUCAAAUAGAUUUUUUUAAAGUCAUGGUAAUGUUUAAUUUUCAUCUCAAAAUCUAUAAACUCAAAGAUACUUCACUUGGAUCAUCUUGUAAGGAAUUAAACACAUCUGUAGCAGCAUCUGUAACAUCAUCGAGGGAUGAGGUGUCCUGGGUGAAAUUACUUUUACAGUUAGCUAAAGGUAACUUUUAAUUGCUUUUUAAAAGUAUUAUAAAAUCACUUUUGUUAUUUAAAAGAAUAUACUAUGCAUAAUUUAGUCUUCUUUGAUGACACAGUGGGUCAUCAUUAUGGAGAUUUUUGGACCAAGCUAUAAAUGAAGCUGUAGCUGCAGAUAUUAAUGGCCUGAAUAACUACUGAUCACAGAAGUGACCUUGGAUUUCGGUUUACAGAAAUAUUUCAGGUACAUCUAGGGUCAUUUGACUUUUCCAAAAACAGAACAGAAAAACUGACUACAUUACUCACCCAAUUCAACCUCUUUUUUAAGAUGAAUUUUCCCUCUUAAAUACUAAAGUAAAACCUGCCAUUUGUGGAGAAUUUGAUAAUUAUAAACUGUAGUUUUAAGCUUUCAAAAUAUUUUAAGCAUUUACGCACUGCCUUAAAAACUUGAUUUUAAUUGCUCUAUAUCAGGGGCUAGCAAACUAUGACCCACAGUUGGCUACCUUUUUUUGUAAACAAAAUUUUAUUAGAAAACAGCCAUGUCAUUUGUUUAUAUAUUGUCUGUUGUAGCUUUUGCACUACAACAGCACAGUUGUACAUGACAAGAGGCCGUAUGGUCCGUAAGUCUCAAGGAUUUACAAUCUGGCACUUCAAGAAAAAGUUUGCCAACCCCUGCCCUAUAUUUUUGUAUGGGUAUAAUCAUAACUUUAUAACUGUUCUUUUAUUUUCACUAUUAUAGACACUGCAGUGAAGCUCUUAUUCCAUACAUUUUGGUCCAUAUUUUAUUUACCUGUACUAAAAUUCUAAAGUGUAUAAUUUAUUAGAUUGAAGAGUAUUCAGUUUUUAAAUUGAAAAAUAGAAACCCAUACUUAUUUUAAUUAUCAUACCAUAGUACUUACAGAAAGCUUCUUGGUCCAGCAUUAACUUGUAGGAGUUAAGAGUUUAUUCACCUAGAUUUUUUUCUUUGAUUCUUCAAAGUCAGCUUGUUUUUAGCCUAAUGUAGAUUUUCAUUCCUGCUAUUCACCAAAUAUUUCUAGUGUGUGGCCAUAUGACUAGUUUCUGGCCAGUGAGUUGUGAGUGAAAGUGACUUCUGGUUUCGAGGAUUUAGUUGUUAAUGUGAGACUCUUUAGAACCCUCUUUUCCCUCAAGCAUGGUAACAUUUUUACUAUUCAGAUGGUGAUUGCUAUAUCAGGCUUGGUUCCUGAGGGACUAUGAAAAGAGCCUUCCUGUUUAUUUAGAUACACAUAUAGCAUGAAGGAGAAAUAGCAUUUUUAUUUUAAGCUACUGCAGUUAGAGAAUUUUUGUUCUACAGCAUAACUAAGUCUCUCCCUACUGAUGUAGGAAUUAAUCCUGAAAGUGGAUUGCUGCCAUUAGAAGAAACACAGCUGAGCUACAUUACACCAGUGUAUUGCAUUGGCUUAGGUGGCAGAUGGCAAGGCUACAUGAGGUGAUCCACAUUCUGCUAUGGUGAGAGAUUUGGUAAACUUGACUGUAAUUGUUGAAAGACAAAUGGUGUACGUAAUGAAGUUGUAUCUCUAUUGGAAGAGUUUGACUAACAAAAUGUUAAUAGCAUGUUUUGGUUACUAUAUUGGCUGCAUUUGACAACUUACUCUGAGAAAGAAGUGAACUCAGAUGAGAAAUGGUAAUAUUGAAAGUGGGAACAAAAGAGAAUAGAAAAAGUCCACAAAUCCAGAUACUUGCAGGGUUGGAAAAGGCUAAACUUCUCACCCCCAACCAGUAAAAGGAGAAGGCCUAAGCAAGAAAACUUAAUUAAAUUAUGAAUAUGGCCAUCAUACCAAUUAAUUAGAUUAAAGAGAGGCCCCGAAGUGUUUCUUCUAUGUGUAAAUUCCUUCACGGCAUUUCUUGGGAAACACAUAUUUUUCUGAAUUUCAAGACAAAUCAGUCAAGAAAUCGAUGAAACAGGAAAAAGUAUUGUAACUUUCCUAUGAGAAUUAAAGCUAAGUAAUGAAGUUAGAGCCAUUACUGGUUUGCAGGAAUCCUCUGAAGUCAAGCUCAAAAGUAAGACUAGGGAAUGCUGACAGGUGGAGUCAAAGAGUAAAGUCAACAUUUCCAGGAACCACAAUAGGAGUCCACAGAAGAGAAGUGGUCAUAGUCUGAUCACUCAGUCAUACUUGUAGCUAUUGCCAUGGUAUAAAUGUGUAUUCAUACCCCUGUCUGCUGCUAAUGGUGAGUCAUUCUUGCAAGUAAAAUAAAAAUUAGUAAGUUUAUAUUCAUAGGAUAAUUUAUACAAAUCCCAUCAAUGGUCUUCCAAAAAUAACAUGUUGUGGAAGCAAAAUAAUUCCAUAAAUUAUCAAUUUUGACUUGUGAUUCUGUGUGGUGUUUUUACUUUUGAGAGGAGAGCCAAAUGUAACAUUAGUCAAGUAACUACCAAAUAAAUUUAUUGGCACUUCCCAGUGUAUGAUUAUUUGCCAAAGGGUGCUAUUCUUUACAAAUACUUAAACAAUAAAUGCAAAGAAAAGAAGUAAAUGUUGUGGAACAUUCUGAAAUGAGAUCAGAAACUGAUCUAAAGUCUAAAUUAGCAAAAGCACUAUCAAUUGCAACAAUAAGACCAAAAUCUGGGCUAGCAGACAAAAUAUUUUUUAUCAUUAAAAAAGGAAAAGAGGGGCUUCCCUGGUGGCGCAGUGGUUGAGAAUCUGCCUGCUAAUGCAGGGGACACGGGUUCGAGCCCUGGUCUGGGAAGAUCCCACAUGCCACGGAGCAGCUGGGCCCGUGAGCCACAAUUGCUGAGCCUGCGCGUCUGGAGCCUGUGCCCCGCAACGGGAGGGGCCGCGAUGGAGAGAGGCCCGCGCACUGUGAUGAAGAGCGGUCCCCACACCGCAAUGAAGAGUGGUCCCCGCUUGCCGCAACUGGAGAAAGCCCUCGCACGAACCGAAGACCCAACACAGCAAAAAUAAAUAAAUAAAUAAAGGAUAGUCUUCUAAUAAAAAAAAAAAAAAAAAAAAAAAGGAAAAGAGCUUCUAUGAAGUAACAUGUAACCUAACACCAACUUGAAGAUGUUUUUGGACAGUCCCUAGCAACUUCACUAAUAUCGAUGCAAAAAUGAAAGAAGAAUUUCUAUGUCUGGAAUAGUUGUUAUAAAAUAAAGAUAAAGACUAUCAGAUAGGGCAACUAAUGUGUUGUAUCUUUUUAGAUUUCUUUUUUAAAAAUUUUAUUGAAGUAUAGUUGAUUUACAAUGUUGUGUUAGUUUCAGGUGUACAGCAAAGUGAUUCAGUUAUACAUAUACAUAUAUUCAUUCUUUUUUUCAGAUUCUUCACCUAUAUAGGUUAUUAUAGAAUAUUGAGUGUAGUUCCCUGUGCUAUACAGUAGGUCCUUGUUGGUUAUCUAUCUUAUAUAUAGUAGUGUGUGUAUGUUAAUCCCAGACUCCUAAUUUAUCCCUCCCCCUGACAUUUCCCCUUUGGUAACCAUAGGUUUAUUUUCAAAAUUGGUGAGUCUGUUUCUGUUUUGUAAAUAAGUUCAUUUGUAUCAUUUUUUAAAAUUAGAUUCCACAUAUGAUCGAUAUCAUAUGAUAUUUGUCUUUCUCUGUCUGACUUACUUCACUUAGUAUGAUAGAUUUCAUUUUAAGAAAAACUUUUAAACAAAUAUUUGUAGUGCUUCCAAUUUAACAAAUGAUUUUUAUUGGCAUUUUUGUUAGUUUCCUUUAUUUAAUGUUUUCUGUUAUCAAAUAUCUAUGUCAGGUAGAUAUAAUGGUAUUGAAGUAUAUAAUCUUGUCCCAAUACAUUGGUUCAUGUUAAUAAACAUUUAUUAUUAUGUCUUUUUUAACAGAAAAUAUCUGGAACAUUUAGUAUAACUAUCACAGAAAAAUGAUUCAGUAUUUAUUUUGGUCACUCAUAACUAUUUUAAAUAUAUUAAGUAUGGUGCUAUGAAAAAUAUAGAAUGACAAUUCUGUGUAAUUUGGGGAUACCUGAGAAUUCCCAGAAGUUUUCAUUUCUCAUUCCCACAUCCUAAAUAUUAAUACCUGUCAGGAAUUGGAAAUACCAAUGCCCAGUAAUUUGUUCAGAUAUAUAAAAUGGCUUAGGAAACACUUGCUAAAACGUCAGUCUUCUACCAGUGCCUGAUGGGCUCAGGGUACUCCAGUCAAGUGUAAAGAGGAGCUGGGGGGAGCACUUCUUUAAAUUUGUGGGUGUGAGUAUUGGCUCACUGCUGACUGCAGUCAGAUAAAUAAAAAGCAAACAUACUGAGAAAGUUGAACUGUCAAACCAUGAGCCUGGACUAAAAGUUUAUGACUGAUCAACUCAAAAUGACCCUUGGGCCCCCAACUUUCUACACGGGGUAGCAGACAGAGAAAGUUGCUUGGUCCCCAAAUAAAACAUAUUCCCCAAUGUCUACCUCUGUGGUCAAGAAGGAUAAAGAAAAAAGGAAGGACCUCCUGGAUGGUGGGAUCAAUAGCUUUGGACAGCAAUUGAUUAGAGAUCCCCUUCCAGCAAGCAGAGUCAGGUUCUCAUCAAGGAAUUUUUGCACCACCAGAGUAGUGUCCUUGUAGCAGAGAAUUGUUUUGGACCAGUGACUGAGUGUUUCCCAUCUUUCUCCUUCAGGAUAGGAGUGUUUAUUUACAGUUUUUCUAUCUCUGUUUCAACCUUGUGUGUGUAGAGGACAGCUUUUUAAUUCAUAGGAUAACCAAUCUAGAGGAGACUAGUGCAUACUAUCCCCUGAUUUAGAGACUAGCAAGAGAUACUGAACUUUGAGCUUGAUGCCGUUGAUUGAAUGGUACUGUUGAGUUAUCUCUCCUUCGAAGAGAAGGAGUGUGUUUUGGCUAUAAGAAGGAGGAUACACUGAAUAACUGCUGACCAGAAGCGUGCUCUGUGAUAGUCAUGAGGGCUCUUCACCUUGUAGUUACAGUAGUUCUCUCUAGAGAACCAGACACAUAGCAGGAUUACACUUCCCUUGUGGUUGGGUGGUGCCAUCUUUCUGGGUCUGGCCUGUGAACUGCGGGCUCCACUUCUGAACUGGAGAAUUGAAUUGCCAAUUUGAGACUCUCUAGAUGCCUGUCUUUCCUCUAAUUUAUUUAUUGGCAACGUUUGAGUUGGUGGUUGCUCUGUCAUUUGAGUAACUGUGAUGAAGAGAAGAAUCACCUUCCCAAUUUGCAGUGGACUUUUAAAAUGAGUAAGAAAUAAACCUUUUUGAUUUUAGUAAUUGAGAUUUGAGGGUGGUUACCAUAACAUAAUUCUAACCUAUCCUAACUGAUAAACUUAGUAACAUUAUGAAAAUCUUUUCAUGCCUGUGCCUGAGGACCUAUUAGAAUUUUCUAACCUUUUUAGAUCUAUCUCAGCAUUUCCUAUCUUUUACUAUUAUCCUAUUGCACAGUAAUUUUAUAUUAGUCCCCCUAAGGAUUUUUAAAAAUUGUUUUAUUGCAUAAUUUAAAAAAUAGUUUUAGAACUUUCACUUCUGACCAACUUGUAGUAAUAAGGACUGGAUUUAACCCUCCCCUCUGAAACAAACAAAGCAACAUGAAACUGGUUUUCAAGACAGUGAUAUCAGGAAAGACAGUGAUCCGUGAGAGAAAACAAAUUAGGUGAGCCUUAUGAUUACCUCAGCUUACUUCUUUGAGAGCUUCCAAGCUUUAACACAGGGAAAGGAAACUGAGACAAAAACUGGGAGAUUCCCUAGGUUGAGGAGACAGAACUGAGAGUCUGGAGAAACCCAGGGAGUUCGAGUUCAUAGGGCCAAGUCCCAAAGAGGAGAGAGCUGCGCAGAGAGAUUUGUAGUAUUCAGCAACUACCCAGGGCUAGAGAAAGGACAAUCUGAAAGGAUUAGGGGGGUACAGAAACAGUGCAUAUUCCUACCAGAUAGAAUGAAAAAAAAAAUUAUAAUUCAUGGAGCACUGGGUAGAGAACUCAGGAAGUUGUUACUAUGAGAGUAAUUAGCCCUAGGCUGAGCCCUGCUCUUUACCCAACUAACAAAUCAUAAAAGCAAGACCUGAAAGGGUUAAAUAAUUUACAUACAAGUGUACUGUAUCCCAGAACAAAAUUCAAGAAGAUAUAUAGGGAUACAAAUAUAUCUAGCACCCACAAAGGUAAAACUCACAGUGUCUGACAUCCAGUUAAAGAUUACCAGGCAUACAAAGAGGCAGGAAAACAUGACCAUAAUGAGAAAAACAGCCAGUCAAAACUGACCCAGAACUGAAACAGAUGUCAGAAUUGGGACAGGAUAUUAAAACAUAUCAUAUAACUAUCUUCAAAAAGUUAAGAGGAUGUUAAAAAGACCCAAAUUAAGCUUUAGAGAUGGAAACUACAAUGUCUGGGAUAAAAAUUAUGCUGAUGGAAUUAAUGGCAGAGCAGACAUAGCGGAAGAAAAGAUCACAGAAUUUGAAGACAUAGCAAUAGAAACUAUUUAGUGAGCCGUGGGACGUCAAGAGGCCUAAUAUUUUCUAAACUUGAAAACUCUAAACCCCCAGAUCCAAGAAGCUCAACAAGCCGCAAGGGAUUUGAUGAUACAUGAUACAUGAAGAAGACUCACAAAGACAACAUAAUCAAAUUGCUUAAAACCAGUAAUAAAGAGAAAAAAUUUAAGAAUUUUAAGCAACCAGAUAAAAACAAUGACAUACAGAGGAACAAAAAUAAGGAUGACAUCAGAAUUCCUUAAAAGUACUGGAAAAAAAAAAACAAACCCUGUAAACCUAGAACUGUAUUCCCAGCAAAAAUGCUUUUCAACCAAAGGCAAAGCCUGUGAAAAUGUACCACCAGGAGACCCACGUUACAAGAAAUGCUAAAAGAAGUCUUUGGGGCAGAAGGUAGACACCUGAGAUCAAAUUACUUAACUAUGUUGCUCAAAUCAUCUAUAGCUUUACUGAUUUUUUUUCCCUUGAUCUAUCAGUUACUGAGAGAAAUAUUUUAAAAUCUGACUCUGAUAAUGGAUUUGUAUAUAAGCUGUAAUUUUAUCAACUUUUGCUUUGAGAUUAUAUGCCUACAAGCUUAGUUUAUUUUCCUGGUGACUUGAGCCUUAUUAUGUAGUGACCCUCUAUAUCUCUAGUAAUACUUACAAUUUACAGGCAUAGCUUGUUUUAUUGCGCUUUGCUUUAUUGCACUUCACAGAUACUGCAUUUUUAACAAACUGAAGGUUUGUGGCAACCCUGCAUCAAGGAAAUUGGCACCAUUUUUCCAGCAGCAUUUGCUCAUUUCAUGUCUCUGUGUCACAUUUUGGUAAUUCUCACAGUAUUUCAAACUUUUUCAUUACUGUUACAUUGUUAUGGUGAUGUGUGACCAUGAUCUUUGGUGUUACUACACAGCUCACUGAAGGCUCAGUUGAUGGUUAGCAUUUUUUAGCAAUAAAGUAUUUUUUAAUUAAUGUACGUACAUUUUUUAGGCAUAAUGCUAUUAUUGCACACUUAAUAGACUACAGUAUAAUGUAAACAUAACUUUUAUAUUCACUAGGAAACCAAAAAAUUCAUGUGACUCACUUUAUUGCAGUGAUGUUGAACUGAACUUGCACUGUCUCUGAGGUGUGCCUGUAUUUUGUUUGAUACAGCUAUACAAACUUUCUUUUGGUUAGUAUAUUUUUAAUAUUUAUUUUCCCACUAUUAUACUUUCUGUAGCAUAAAAUUAUGUUAUUAAAAUUCAGGGACUUCCCUGGUGGCACAGUGGUUAAGAAUCCUCCUGCCAAUGCAGGGAACUCAGGUUUGAGCCCUGGUUCCAGGAAGAUCCCACAUGCCGCAGAGCAACUAAGCCUGUGCGCCACACCUACUGAGCCUGUUCUCUAGAGCCCACAAGCCACAACUACUGAGCCUGCAUGCCACAUAUACUGAAGCCCACGUGCCUAGAGCCCGUGUUCCGCAACAAAGAGAAGCCACCACAAUGAGAAGCCCGUGCACCACAACAAAGAGUAGCCCCCGCUUGCUGCAACUAGACAAAGCCCGCGCGCAACAAUGAAGACCCAACGCAGCCUAAAUAAAUGAAUUAAAUAAAUAAAUUUAUUUAAAAAAUCAA